AUGGUGCACUUUCUCGGUGUGUUGCUAAUAAUUGUUGUUGGGUUUGUGGAGAAUGAUCCGGUUUUUUUGACAAGUGAGUUUGGGAUUUUCAAAAUUUCUAAAAAUCCCUGAAAUUUUUUCAGCAAACACUGAUAUUUGCUUGGAACCCGUUGAUCCAGGACCUUGUCAGUAUUACGCAGUUCAAUGGUUUUGGGAUCAACAAGACGAAGAAUGCAAAGAGUUCCAUUAUGGUGGAUGUAUGGGCACCAAAAAUCGAUUCGCCACUAAACAACAAUGCAUCAAACAAUGUAGAUAUAAGAUGUUCAACCCAAUCGCAAUCCCUGAUCUCUGUCUUCUCGACGUUGAUCAAGGACAUUGCGGAGACGAACGUCGUGGGCAUUAUUGGUAUUUCUUCAACUCAGAAUCAGGACUCUGUGAGCAAUUCUUCUAUUAUGGAUGUGGGGGGAAUGACAACAAAUUCUAUAGUUUAUAUCAGUGUCGCAAGGUUUGCGGUGAGCGUUUGUCGCCGCAAAUCGCUUGCGAACAUUGCAACGCACAGACUUCGUUUUGUAAAUCGCAUUCGAAAUUCAAUUGGACGUGCGAGUGUCGAGUUGGUUUUGAGAAGAAUCAGUAUGGCGAAUGUGUUGGUGAGUUUAGGUGGGGUGGAACAAACCCGGAUAAUCUAUGUUUCUUGUAGAUUAUCCGGGUAAAUCAUAUCCCUUUUUAAAAUCAUAUCCCUUUUUCGUCUCGCGUCUCUUCUGCACACACACGCUAAUUUUUACUCUCUCGUUUUCUCUCACCUGAAAUUGUGGCUGUUCUCAACAGUUCCACACAGAAACGAAUAAAAAAAAGGUUUUUUUCGCACAAAAAAGUGAGAGGCCUUAAGUCCGGCCAUAAUUUUCAAGCCUGAGGCGGCCUCUAGCCAAGCAUGUUUCAGACAUCGACGAAUGCCGCGGCUACACUGCCGUCUGCGACCGCAACGCCUGGUGCACCAACGAAGUCGGCUCCUACAACUGCGAAUGCAUGGCCUCAUACCGUGGCGACGGCAAACAUUGCACAUACGUCGGCCUCGGUCGCUCCUCAAUCGAUUGCAAAGAUUGCUCAACACACGCAACAUGCGUCAGCGGAGUUUGUCAAUGUAAAGAAGGUUACGAGGGUGACGGUUUCAAUUGUACCGAUGUUAAUGAGUGCUUGCGUCGUCCGGAAGCUUGCGACAAGAAUGCGGAAUGUAUCAAUCGAGACGGCAGUUUCAUUUGUACCUGUUUACCAGGUUUUGCAGGAAAUGGCUAUAAUUGUACAGUAUCGAAGAAUUCGUGCUUGGAUAAAUUUGAUCACGAUUAUAAGGAUACUUGUAGUAAUGAGAAUUGGAGACCUCAUUAUUAUUAUAAUCAUGAAACCCGGAAGUGAGUUCCUGAUGUUUUUCGGCUGAAAUGUUCGGUCAUCCAAUUGUUUUCCAGCUGUGAACAAUUUUGGUACGACGGAUGCGCAGGACGUUCACGCAACAUUUUCUCCGAGUAUGAAACUUGCACCUCAUUUUGCGAAGAGACAAAUGUGCUGACAAGAGCCGGCGAGUUACCAGAAUUUUCAGAUGACCCGACUUGUGUUUGUUUUUUUUUCGCUGUGAGCGGCGCCAAACAUCAAAGUGGUGUUUGGUGAGAAAAAAAAGGAAAAACUAAAUAUUUUUUUUUUGGUGAAAGGGAAGAAGAAAGGAAAAUAGGUUCACAUGAACUUGUUUUCCUAUUUUUUGGAGGUUCAGAGAAAUUUACGUUUCAAAUGAGCUUUGCUAGGAAUUUUUUAAUUAGUUUGUGAUAGGGUGAAUAAUUUUCAACGGUUUUGAAAUUUUGUGAGAAAAUUUAGAUGAAUCUAGAUUUUUUUGGAAUUUCAAAACCAAUUUGAAUUUGACGACUUUAUUUCAGAAAAAAAUAUUGUAUUUUGGUGGAAAAUGUUAUUUUCAAAUUUGAAAUCUCACCCUGUAUUUCAGAAGAUCUUUUUGGAUCUUUGCAAACAAUUCUAGGCUUAUGAGAUGUCAAUAUACUCCAAAUUUCUUUCCCGAUUUUCAGAAAUUUGAAUCUCUAUUUGCAAAAACUCAACCCAAUUCGGAAUAAUUCUCCUCUAAAUUGCCCUUUCCACAAAAAAACCAGCAAAUAAUAAUAGAGGCGCUGUUCGAGCAAAAAAUCUGCUCCACAAAAUCCCAUCCAUCCAUCUAACUUUGCCCCCCCCCCCUCCUCCAUUUUUCCUCCUCCAAAAAAAUUGUCCUCGUUUUCCCCCGCACAAAUCCAUUGUGCUAUUUCUUUGAGCUCCAAUUCUUGAGCAAAAAUGUCAAAGUCCAAUGUUUUUUAUUAUAUUUAUGCAUUUUAUGUCGAAAUUUUUUGAGCUUCGGCCAAAAAACAUAUAUAGCAUUAUAAUGAUGAGCUUCUUGAUCUUGUUGAGAAAUCUUUUGGGCUCCGCCGCAAAAAUUCUCAUCCUCCUCUCUCUUUGUAAGGCAGCUUGCGCCAUGGAAAAAACCCCAUGAGACUUCCGCUUUUUCUCCCACCACCAAAAAAAUGUUGUUGUUAUUUUUUUCGUUGAAAAAAUUUGUAUUUUCAUUUUUAUUCGUAACUUUUUUCUUCUCUGAUCACACCCACACAAAAAUCUUCUUUUGAAGCUGGCACUUGUCGGGUCAUCAUCGAAAUGGUGAUGAAAAAGAAAUGAGCCCACGCAAAACCACCACCAUCAUCAUAAUUGUCACCCUAUUGAUUUCCAACAUUUUUUCACGUUCAGAAGUUUGCUGGGACAAAUUCGAUAUGAACUAUAGGAAUCAGUGUUUGCACGGUGAGUGGUUUUCUAGGUAAUCUCUGAAUGGGGCCCCUGAAUGGGGCCAGUUUCUGAGAAAAUGGGGCCACCUGAAUGGGGCCACUUGUAUGGCAAAUUCUCUCAAUGGGGCCAGCAAGAAAAAAGUAAGAAUUUCUCACUUUUUCCUCAAUGGGGCCACCUAAAAAGAUGAAACACAUAAUUUCUGCAUAUUUCCUCAAUGGGGCCAUGUAUUUUUUGUGCAUUUCCUGAAUGGGGCCCAUCUUUUCAUUUUUAUACAUCUUGUGACGUCAUAGUGAUCGUGAAUUGAAAUUUCAUGAAAGGUUUCGAAUUUUUUAAUAGCGUAUGUGAGUUAUAACUUACUCAUAUGUUUACCACGUAUGCAAAUGUUGGGUUCUGAAGGCAUAGCCUCUCUUACAUGAAAAUUCUCAAGUUUCAUGAAUUUUUGAAACAGUAAAAUUAAAUGAAAUAUUUCUUUUUGGAAUUCAAGUCUUGCUUUUUUUUCAAACACUCGAAAACUAUCAAAAAUCACAGAGGAAAUGCAGAAUUUUCACAAAUUGGAGAAAAAAUAUCAAAUGUUUUUCUCAAAUUUUCGGGUCAUGAGAAAUACUACGCAUCAAACAAUUCGAAAAAUAUUCCCGGAAGCAUGUUUUGAAAAUUGAACCAAAAUCUGGAAGUAGUUCUUUAGAUAAUUCUCACAGAAAUUCUAUAGAGAAUUUGAAAACUAUUGAAGAACAAGUCAUAUAAGUUUUCACACCUUGAUAUUUUGGCACCUUGCCCAUAAACAAGACACGGACAUCGCGCAAAAAAGUGUGUUUUUUUUGGAGACACAGAUGAGUUUUUUUGGGAAGAUAUCCAAAAAACUUGUUGUCAACUAGCAAAUAAUACGGUAAUAACCAAAACUUAAGGAAAAAACUUAUUUUAGAAGAAAACAUCAAUUUGAUUGAAGAAAAUAAUUGGGAAAAUGUAAAAGUUUACCCAGAAAAAUUAUUCAAAAUAUUCGAGGAAAAUUUCAAUAUUUUCAUCAUUAGAGCCUGAAAAUUUGAAAAAAAAGUUACAUUUGAAAUGUUUUCGAUGCUGAGAAUAAAAGCCACAUAAUAACAACGUGAUUAAAAAUUCGAAAACUUUCAUGAAAUUUCAAUUCACGAUCACUAUGACGUCACAAGAUGUAUAAAAAUGAAAAGAUGGGCCCCAUUCAGGAAAUGCACAAAAAACACAUGGCCCCAUUGAGGAAAUAUGCAGAAAUUAUGUGUUUCAUCUUUUUAGGUGGCCCCAUUGAGGAAAUGGUGAGAAAUUCUUACUUUUUUCUUGCUGGCCCCAUUGAGAGAAUUUGCCAUACAAGUGGCCCCAUUCAGGUGGCCCCAUUUUCUCAGAAACUGGCCCCAUUCAGGGGCCCCAUUCAGAGAUUGCCGUUUUCUAGGGGGACAACAAACAUUUUCGGGGGUGAAAUAAAUCAUAUUGGGGAAAAAAAGCAUGAAUGUUCCAAGAAAAAUGUGUUUUUUUACGAGGCUGCCAGAUUUUUUAUGUGGAAUAAUUUAUUGAAAGAUGCUUCUAGAGUCAAAGUCUGAAGAUCGGAUCGAAAGAGAACGUGAAAUUCAUGAGAAUAACUAUUUUGAAAAAAUCUUAGACUUCACAUAGUUCAAAUUCAUAAAGCCAAACUAGAACUAGAGUUUAGUUUAAUCACCUCGCUAUUAUUUUGUAUUUAUCGAAUAACUGAUUAUGUAAACUAGACUGUAGUUUCAAUAAACUAGAAUAAUUAUUUUGAAAAAAUCUUAGCCACAUUCACUAGACUUCACAUAGUUCAAAUUCACAUAAGCCAAACUGGUAUGUUUUUUUCAAAGCUAAUUUGAUUAUGUAAACUAGACUAUAGUUUUGAUGAACUAGAGCCUAACCUAACUGAUGUCUCUAGGAAUCGUACCCACCCUCCAACUUCCAGGCCACUGGGAACAACGAUACUACUUCGAUCACGCCUCACUCACCUGCCGACAAUUUUGGUUCGACGGGUGUCGAUCCGAUUCGCGAAACAUCUUCGACGAUCAUCUCACCUGUCAAUGGCUAUGCGAAUCGCAACCAAUGUACAAGAGUAGUGAGUUAAGCGGGUUUCCCCAAGGGAAAACGGGGGUUGAUAAAUGACUGACUUCCUCAUUUCCUAGGAUCCUGUUUGGAAGAUUUCGACCCCGCUCUACGUGGUGAAUGUAACGGUGGACGAUGGCGACAUCAAUGGUAUUUUGAUAAAAACACCAAGAAGUGCUAUCCAUUUUGGUAUGAUGGAUGUAAGGGUUCAAAUGAGAAUAUAUUUCAAGAUGAGAUGAGUUGCCUAGUGACUUGUGAGAACCCGGCGAAAAAAGAUCCCAAGAAACCGUGGCACAAUAAUGACAAGCAUAAGAUGAAGGAGAUAUUGAGCGAAUCGGUUUAUAAGCCUAACCUGACUGAUGUUUGCGCCACUGAUGAUCCGUGUGAAAAUGGAGGGAUUUGUAUAUUUGUGUGGAAGAAGAAUACACAUUAUUGUAAAUGUCCGGCUGGGUAUAAUGGGAAUAAUUGCGAGAAUUUGAUUGGUGAGUGAGACUUUUUUUCUGAAAUUCAUUCUCAUAAAAUAAAUUCCCCCAGAAUUCGAUCCAUGUGCCGAAAAACCGUGCCUAAAUGGUGGUUCCUGUCAAGCCAAAUACAAGGAAGAUGCCGCCGAUGAAGACAAGCCCGAAUUCGAAUGUUUCUGUACACCCGGUUACGCUGGCUUGAAAUGCGAAGAACGACCGUGUGAAACAAAUCCUUGUUUGAAUAACGGAACUUGUCGAACCACCAAAGGAGUUUCGCACUUUUUCUGCGAUUGUAGUGAUGGAUAUGGGGGAAAGAAUUGUGAUAUUAGUGAGUUUGAGAACAUUUAUUGGGAUACUCGAUGAAAUACGUUUCACUCAAAACUGAUUUUGAAUAUUUUUCUAGAACUUGGUGACACGCAGCCUAGCGAAACCUAUGGUAAAAACGUGGAACAAAUCUCAAGUGGUAAAAUCGAGUGGAUCAAUGAGUUGAAGAAAAAAAUGGAGGCACAAAGUGGUGGAAUCGGCGGAGCAAAUGGUGGAGGUUUGGGUGCAACUGGUGGAAAAUCUGGCGAAAAAUCGAAAUCGAAGACGAAAAAAGUGACGACACAAGUGGCCGAUGAGCCGUAUAAAGGUGGGUCGGGGGGAGACUGCUUUAUCAAGCUUUAUCUGAAAAAAUUCUAGAUCCUGCUACGCGUAAAAAGGAGCGCGAGGAACGCGAGAAGAAAGAAGCCGAGGAAGCGGAAGAGGCUGCUGAAAAAUUAGCGCAACAAAAAUUGGAGGAGGAAAAGAGGGAGGCGAAAAAAUUAGCCGAUCUCGAAAAAAAAGAAGAAGUUGCUGGAAAAUUCCUCGUCUUUAGGUCCCUCGAUUCUCGCCGUCGUUUUUAG